AGGCGGAGGAUGAUCCCGGCGGCGGCCGGUGCGGCGCGGGCCAGAGGCGCGGCGCGCGAAACCUUGGGCUCCCCGGCGGAGCGUGGCGGAGGGCGGACGGGCAGGCGCGGGGCUCUGGAGCCCCGGAUCCCGCUUUGUUUCCCUUGCCUCCUCGGUGGCGACGUGCAGGGGUCGUCCGAUCGGCGCAACACGCCGCGCUCGGAAGGGAAGGGGCGGACAAAAAAAGACCAAAUGGCCAAGCAACCUUCUGAUGUAAGUUCUGAGUGUGACAGAGAAGGUGGACAAUUGCAGCCUGCUGAGAGGCCUCCCCAGCUCAGGCCUGGGGCCCCUACCUCCCUACAGACAGAACCGCCAGGUAAUCCCGACGGCGAAGGGGACCGCUGCCCCCACGGCAGCCCUCAGGGCCCGCUGGCCCCACCGGCCAGCCCUGGCCCUUUCGCUACCAGAUCCCCACUUUUCAUCUUUGUGAGAAGAUCUUCUCUGCUGUCCCGGUCCUCCAGUGGGUAUUUCUCUUUUGACACAGACAGGAGCCCGGCACCCAUGAGUUGUGACAAGUCAACACAAACCCCAAGUCCUCCUUGCCAGGCCUUCAACCAUUAUCUCAGUGCAAUGGCUUCCAUAAGGCAGUCUCAGGAGGAACCUGAAGAUAUGCGCCCAGAGAUACGGAUUGCACAGGAGCUGCGGCGGAUCGGAGAUGAGUUCAAUGAAACUUACACAAGGAGGGUGUUUGUAAACGAUUACCGAGAGGCUGAAGACCACCCUCAAAUGGUUAUCUUACAACUGCUACGCUUCAUCUUCCGUCUGGUGUGGAGAAGGCACUGACAGGCAGCCAGGAUAAAUGGCGGACUUUGCUCUGGCUCAGACUGGGAGGACCCCAGCACUUCCACCUCUUGGUGCUGCGACAGUACGUCUAGUGGUUCUAUCCCAGCGAGGUGUGCUGAGCGUGGACAGCGCUCUGCACUGUGUCAGUGUGAACGGAACCUCUGUUCAUCACCACAUGGCUGAAUUUUCAGUAAAUAUUUGUUGUGAAUGUAAAGAAGGGAGGGUUUUUCUCUUUUUAAUGUACAGAUCCUAGGAACAGAGAAAUAUGCAAGAGAGGUGUUUACAUGUGGCGUGUUAAUUUUUUUAACCCACUUUCUUUGAUAACUUUUUUUGUUUUGUUUCAGAAAGGAAAGCUUUUUAGCCAAUUUAUGAAUGAUUUUUAUACUCAAAUUCUUAACCCGUUACCUGCUCAGAGGAUUACAUAACCCUGCAGCAGGAGCUGAGCCAGCUGAUUUAUAAGGCUGCCUCAGUUUAUUUUUAGAAAUUACUGUACAGAAUUUUUUAAACAGGAAGAGUAUGGUGUUGCCUCUCUCCUCUGCCGUGGCCUCUUAGAGUUUCCUUUUGAAUUAUUACUACCAAAACAGUUCUUAUGAAAUGCAAUGAGUUCAGGUGGCAGAGACUCUGUUCUGGUACGCCACUUCCAUUUUGUAAAUAUUUACCUCCUUAGCUCAGUCGCUCCUGUGGCAGGAAUUCACACUUUUCCCACUUCCCCUCGACUCCUCAGACCCCUCCGCCUGUCUCCAAACUGAUGCACAGGUUGAGCCCAGGGUGUUUUCAGUUGUAUUUGUGUCAGCAAGGGCUAGGGGCUGCCCGGAUUGUUCCCAGCUCCAUCAAUCAAGCUGACUCACAGGAAGGGCUCCUGUGCACUUCGCUUCUCUGUGGUGGGUGUGUUUGUCUCUAUCCUGAGAGAAUGUGGGCCUACACACCACUUGGCUGGAGCUGUUAGCUCUGCUGGUUGCCGCCUUCACCUUCGCCGCCGCUGCUUUGCUGCGUGUACCAGAUGAGCUGGAGCCCACACUUUCUUGGGGAUUGGCCAGGCCAUUUCAGGAGCAAAGAGCUCAGGUGAUCCUUUCCUGGUAUGUCAUUCUGCCCACCCCAAACGGCCUGUGAUUCCUGGAUUUCAUCUCUAUUCCUUUGAGUUAGGGGCUGGCCCUGCUUCAUCAGUUUCCAUACAUAGGAAACCUCCUCCACUGUACCAAGUAAAGCAUUUGUCUUCCACAAGAUGUCUGCCUGCUUUACUCUCUCCAUUUUGUUAAUGCUUGGCUCUUGUUGGGCCACUUGUGUCUGGGGUGGGGGUGGGGUGCCCUUUCUUGGUGCCUGCCCUUAGGACCACAUGGGCCGGCAGCCACCCAUUGGUCAGUUACUUCAAGAGCAGGUGGGACUGGAAGUAUAGCCUGGCGGAGGAGUGCUUUCUAAUGUAUAAAAAGCCCUGUGUCCCAUCCCCAGCACCUCUGGAAACAAGCAGCAUACCUGUAGGCAGACAGCCAGGGGAGAUUCCAAAAGACCAAGAGGAAAGAACAUGGGAGGGGUGGGGCAAGUGGCCAGCCCUCUACCUUGUGAGAACUUCUGACAUCAGGCAGCUUGCGUAGGGAGGUGUGUGAGUUUCCACACAAUCAGCGGUGCCAACGACUGCUUUAGGCCUGUAGAAAGCCAGUGGUUUUCCUUACGUUGUGCAAGUAGAGAAAUCCAUUCAUUCCUACUUUCCUGUGUGUGUGUGUGUGUGGUGUGUGUGUGUGGUGUGUGUGUGUGUGUGUGUAGCCUAUAUGCUUCUUUCUAGAUUGAGAUCAUCUGAUUCCAAAUAGUCUUUAUAAACGCUGUCCCGGCUUCCUUAGAUUUGUAAUGGUUUGAAAGCUGUUCUGGCAUUCACCUCCUUUCCUGAUGUAUUGAGCCUGCUCAUGGCUUCCCAUGAGGCCUAUGGUUGUAAGUUGGUGUUAAAAGUGCAACCAUGGCUCUGCCACACACACACACACACACACCAAAGACAUACUUGGUCCUGGGCCAACUCCCUCCUGGGACCUCUUCUCAUGUGCCAGUCUCCCCGACUGGAGCACUUUACUGUCUCAGCCGCGUGGCUCUGUGGUACUGCCAGGGCAGGUGCAGAAGGCUCCCAGAGCCAGGUGCCAGUGUCAUGUGUGGUCUCUAAAGCAUGCUUACCUCCUGCCUGGGGCUGGCCACUGAAGCAGCUCAUAGGGAAAUAAGAGAUUCUAUGAACUGUAGAAGUAUUCAAGAACAGGAUGCGGCACCCAGAACUUAAACAUGACUGGAUGUCCCUGUACUGUAUCUGUUUCUUAAAGUGCAAACGUCUCCUGCAGACAGUAUCCCGGAUGCUUACUGUGGAUAGAUCUUUGUACUUAAAUAUAUUUUCCUUCUUUUUUUGGUAGAACAGAAACUAGAUCUCCCUCGUGUGUGUGUGUGUGUGUGUGUGUGUGUGUGUGUGUGUGUGUGUGAGAGAGAGAGAGAGAGAGAGAGAGAGAGUGUGUGUAAACAUAAUGCGGGUUUUGUGCCUUGACAGCCUCCCCAUGUGAGGUUUGUAAAUAGUGUCCUGUGACUUCACCUCAAGUUGGAAUAAACAUACAAAAUGGCGUCCCGAGUGAUUCUUCAAAUUUCCUUUCCAGAAAAGAGUUGAUGAAUUGGGGGAGGGGGGUCUGAAAAAUCAGUUUAAAGUCUCUCUUUAUUAAAAUAUGUAAUGGGUAAUGUCUGCUUCUCCUGUUUCCUUCCAGUGUUGUAUAUAUUUUGACUAUUUAUUAGAUUAGGAAGUCAUGUUUCACUCGUCAACUGAGCCAAAUGUCUCUGUGCAAUUGUAUUCCCUUUACCUUUCUUUGUAAAAUAUUGUACAGCAUAAAUGAGUAAAAAAAAAAAAAUCACUGUUUUUCCAAACUUCUCAUAAUUAAGGAUUGUAAAUACCAUAGGUUCUUCUUCUGUGUAAUGUGCCCUACUGUUUCAUAAUGCUGUAACUUGUAGAGAUGUUGUAUAUUUAUUUUCCGCUUAUUUAAUGUCUUAAGUUCUUGAAAGUGUUGACAUCCCUAUCCCUGACACCCCUGCCAUGCCAUGCAUUGCUUCAGCUCCUGAUCAAGGGCACAGUGACUGGUUCUGUUCCCCCAAGGUGGCUUCUGCUUUGGCUUCUGGCAUUCAGUGCUUGGAUUCUGCUGCCUUUCUGAUGAAAUGAGUGUUUUGCUGCCGGUGAGAUACCCUAGAUGCAGUAGCCUGGAAGAUUGGACUCUUAAGAAAAUACCCAUCAAACCCAUUUGUAAAGGAGCUGGAUUCUGAGAAAAACAGAUUUACCAAUAAGUUGGACAUAUCUUUAGAGAAGUAUUAGCAGCAGAUGGGGAAGAUUUUUUUUUCUUUAAUUGAAAGAGUAUCUUUGACAACUCAGUGUUGAGAGAAAUUUAAUCCUGCUGCCUCUUGAGGUAUUGCUGAAGGGCUUCCUUGGGUAAGAGAAGGGCUGGUGGGACCUGUUUCUAGAGCAUUUGCCAAGGCCACCUGUGUCACCAGGACACUCGCUGGCUACUGUCCCCACCUGCUGUGUGCUUCCUAUGUUUUGAGGUCUGUGGACUAUGCCAUUUGGCUCCCACCCCGUCUGCUGCAUAAGGCCAGCUCCUGCUUCCCUCAACGGAGGUCCGAGUCCCCACCGGCCCAGGUGUCAAGAUGGAAAAGCUCAACGGAAGCUCUAGAGCCAUGUGUCUUCAUGUAAAUGGUUUUGUCCUCCCUGCUGAUUUAGCCUGGUGCCUGUGUGUGUCCAUCCGCUCAGUAUGUCUGUGUGCGGGUCGUGUCCACACGUGUCGCUAAAUCAGCGGGGAAUCCCCCCCCCCAACAGCAUUGCACAAAGCAUCCUCAAGUUCCCAGCAAAGUACUUGAUCUCCUUCAAAUGUGUUUUGUUGUCUAGGUUCUGUGACCACUGGUUUCUGUUCCAAACCUGUCAGGUGUCCUUUAGUGAACAGCACUGAUCUGUGUAUAGUACUCCACCACUGAUGUGUCAGAACCCAGCGUAUGUAGCAUUGUAUUGCAGUUCCCUGGCUUCCUUUAUGUUUUGCACUGAUGAAUUUUGACAGGGUAAUUGCCACUGUACCUGUGCAAUACUGCUGUAAAUAACUGCAGAUUUUUUUUUAAGAAACUCAAUCUUUUAUGUUCUUAAUGAAUUUUAUAUAAAUAAAACUUGCGACUAGC